AUGGACCAGGGCCGUUCAACAGGUGCCCAGCAGCCCGACGGGCUACGAGAGAGAAUAAUUUCGUACCCUGAUUCAACUGGGGGUCGCGAUGCUCUGGCUGCUACCGGGGAAGUAGAGCUCAAGGACGCCGCUGGCAAGGACAAGAAGACCUUUGGUCGGACACCAGAUGGAACAGUCUUCACCGUGCCACAAACCCAUGACAUGGUCUCGCAGCUCCUGUCGCCAUCUGAACCGAAAAAUAUAGGAGAUUUGGUCGUGAUCGCUCUGCUUGGCAUCCACAUCCUGCUCCUCUGGGCUCUUCCCUCCAGUUUCAAGGUGCCGGUCUUCGCCGUGGUUUACCUGUUCUGGCGAGCAGCCUAUAAUGGAGGAAUUGGAUGGCUGUUGCACAACCAAUCGCAUCACAAGACCUUGAUCCGAUGGGCAGAAAAGACGAAGAUUUUCGUUAACCCGGCCAAGGGGGACAACCCACACCCGGCGCUGUACAAUUGGAUCAAGCGGGAGCUAGAGACAAAGAUUCCGCAGGAUUAUUCGUUUGAAAGUGCUCCCCUUGAAUACAACACAUGGCUUGUCUUUAGGCGUCUAGUGGACUUGAUCCUGAUGUGUGACUUCACCUCCUACUGUCUCUUUGCGAUAGCCUGUGGUCACCUCCCGGUGGACGAGAGUAUACUCAUGACCGCCCUCCGAUGGAUGGCUGGCAUCGUUCUUGUGCUUUUUAACCUUUGGGUCAAGCUAGACGCCCAUCGAGUAGUCAAGGACUAUGCCUGGUACUGGGGCGAUUUUUUCUAUCUCAUCGACCAGGAGUUAACCUUCGACGGCGUCUUUGAGAUGGCACCGCAUCCCAUGUACUCGGUCGGAUAUGCAGGCUACUACGGCAUAUCACUGAUGGCUGCCAGCUAUAAAGUGCUGUUUAUCUCUAUCAUUGCCCAUGCAGCACAAUUCGCGUUCUUGGUCCUCGUUGAGAACCCGCACAUUGACAAGACUUAUAACCCGCCUCCUCCCCGCAAGCGAUCAGUCUGUGUCGACUCCACUAGCAGCCUCCCAACCGAUCUGGACACUCCGACCGCGCCUACUCCAUCCGAAGACCUGGCUCCCAACGCAACCUCCUCGUACUCGGCCAAGCCGCCUCCAUCGGUCCACAACCUCCUCGGGCUGCAUAAUUUGGACUUGUAUAGAACCACGGAUUCAUCCAUCAUGCUCGUCCAGCUACUUGUAUUUGCAGUCACCGCAUUGACCCCGUCCACGCUGCGGUAUCAGCUUCUCUUCGUGGUCAAUGCCGUUGUGUGGCGGGUGUGGUACUCUGUAGGAAUUGGGUUCCUGCUCAAUAACCAGUCCAACAGCAAGGCCUGGACCCGGCAUUUCCUCAAAUUUGGUGAAACCCCGCAGGAGGCGUGGAACCAGUGGAAGGGUACCUACCAUCUCAGUAUGAUUAUGUGUUACGCCAGUUUCAUCGCUGCAGCGUGGAAGAUGUACACCUUCCCAGCCGACUGGGGCUAUGGCCUAGUGCUGUUCCGACAUGUUCUGGGCGCUGGUCUGAUUAGCCUGCAACUCUGGACCUCUAUCAGUAUCUAUGAGUCUCUUGGUGAAUUUGGAUGGUUCUAUGGCGAUUUCUUUUUCGACGAGUCACCCAAGCUCACAUAUGAUGGUAUUUACCGUUUCCUCAAUAACCCCGAGCGCGUCCUCGGUCUUGCGGGUGUCUGGGGCGCGGUUCUCAUCACGAGUAGCGGUGCUGUCACCUUCCUAGCUUUAUUGAGUCAUAUCCUGAGCUUGGCUUUUAUCCAGUUCGUGGAGCGCCCUCACAUGCAGAAGCUUUAUGGCCGCAGUCUUCGUCAGGAUGGCGGCGUCGUCAAGAAUCUCAAGAAGUCUCUGCCGCCGUCUCUAAAGCAGCUGCACGGAAGUGUCGACAAGAUGUUUGAUGAUUCUUUCGAGUUUAUCGAGGAGCUUCUCGAUAAUGCGCGUCCCAAGCUUGCUGCUGGUGUAAACACCUUUGUCAAAGAUACUACUGCUCUUUUCCAAAAGUAUCCUGCUCGCGUUACCAUCUCUCGCAUCGAUGCCGAACUAGCUGGCCUCGAUCUUUCCGACUAUUCCUUAUCGGUCGAGGGAACAGAUGCCCAGUCGUUCGAUGAGAGCGAACAAGGCAAAGGCCGUGAGGGUGCCAACGCACGCAUGCCGCUGGACCGUAGAGGUGACCUGAAGAAUUUGACUUUCGAAUACGGCGCUCCGAUCAAGGUCAAAUGGACUGCGCCCCUCAAUCAUAGCAAGAAGGAUUGGAUUGGUAUCUACCGUGUCACCGACAAUACCUCGCGCGAGGUCAGCCGCGUGUCAUCUCAGGGUCGCUGGGUUGCUACCAACGAAGGCUUCUAUGACAACAUGACUUGUGAAAGGGGCAUUAUCUCCAGUGACGUGGUUGUUCGGUCCCCUGAGCAAAAGGGCCGCGAUGGGCACGACCUUGCCUCCGGCGAGAUUAUUUUCACUGGUGACAAGCUUUUCUGGACGCAGGGUGUCUUCGAGCUACGCUACCACCACAACGGCUUGCACAACGUAAUGGCUAUAUCGAGACCCUUUGAGAUCCGCAUCCGCCGCUUUCACGAAGAUGACACUUUCGCAGACGUUGAUGGCAUUGUUCAAAUGGCCGUUGAGCAAGCCCUCCUACCCGUUGUUCGCAACUGCUUUGACCGGGAUCCUGAGAUUGCGCCGGAAACUGCAGACGAACAGUUUGGCAGUCUUGUCGAGAGGGAUGGCAAGUUCGCCAAGCGUGUUGUAUUUGCCGUCCAUCAAAUGUUCGGAGUCGAGCUGGCGCCCGAAGUUGUCAAAGCAGACGGCAAUGUUCUGAAUCUCGCGUGGAGGAUAUGUAAUGCUAAGAAGGUUCUCGCCCCCUAUAGUAUGACCCGAUCGAACGGUACCAGUACGCCGAUCGAAGGGAAGGAGUAA